AUAGUACACUCAUCGAGGACGUUCUUGCUCGUACCGGAGGCUUACCCGUACCCGUACCCGCGAGGGUGGUACCUGCCCGGCGGGUACGGGUCAUCCGCGGGUCUCGCAGGUUGGCGCGGGUGCGGGAUUGGCGACGGCUCAAGCGGGCGAGGAGAGCGGCGGACGGCGGGUGAGCGUGCGAGGACGCGCACAAUCGCGCGGGCAAGCAGGGCGUGCAUGCGUGCGGGAAAUCGCAAGCGCGAGGAGCAAGUGGGUAGACAGAUGAGUGGGCGGGUAGGCCCUGCCCGCUGCCGGUCGCCGUGCGUAUCCCGGGUACGUGCAACCUGUACUGCGCGCGUAGCAACCGCUCGUCGGCCAUUGUUGUGUGUGGGGCAUUUGCCCUGCCCGCUGCUGGUCGUCGUGUGCGUCGCCUGUGCGGGCAGGUUGCCCGGUUUCCCGCCGGUCCACUCACCUGCUGGUCUGCCUCCCGGUCUGUCCAUCUGCCUGCCCUCCUGUCUGCUCAUCGGUCUACUCACCUGCCUACGCGCUCUCGGCCUCGCCCCCACCCGUCUCUGCUGGCAUUCGCUCGCUCGCGACCUUGUGUGCGUGGUGUCCGGUCGCUGGCCGUGCUUGCGCCCUGGGCAUUUGCCGCGCCCGUUUGUGGUUGCCGUGCGUGUCGCCUGCGCGGGCAGCUCGGUCGCUUGGGUGCGACUCUGCUCGCCUGUGAGGCGCGACCAGGCGGCGGGCAGGCGCGACCGGGCGGCGGGCAGGCAUGCCGCGUGCGUGCAAGCGAGGGCGCCGGGUGUGCGAUCGCGCAGGUGGGCGGUCGAGAGGAGAGGGUGGGUGGGUAUGUGUGCGCCUGCGCGGGGCGAGGGGCGUGGUGCACGACCAUGACGAAACCUUCGGUGCACAUAGGCACCAGUCCUUUCGUGAGCACCGCUCAGGGAGACGUUGAAUCGGUUGAUGACGAGACGAC